AAAUGGGAUGUCAUCGCAGUGGCAGAGCCUCCCUUCCACGGCUGGGAGGAAAUGUGACCAGUGAGGCACAGAAUGGAGUUGGGCACAUCGGAGCCAAGCCGCCUCCUGCUGCUGCUGCUGCUUUCAUGGACGGCCACAGCGGCUUACGACUACUAUGAUGAUUAUACUGCCAACACAACUGACGCCGCCGAUGUCCAGCUCACCUGGCCACCGGGUCUGUGCCCUCGUGCCAUGCCCUCUGCCACCAUCAUCCGGAACGACACCGUCUUCCUGAUGCUGCCUGCAGCCGCCUGGCUUCAGCUGGACAGCCCGCUCAUCACCACGGCCCUCCCCGUCUUCUACAUCCUCAUCUUCCUGGUGGGGCUGCCCUCCAAUGCCCUGGCGCUCUGGGUGCUGGCCACACGGGUGGAGAUGCUUCCCUCCACUAUCUUCCUGAUGAACUUGGCAGCCGCCGACCUCCUCCUCGGGCUGCUGCUGCCGCUGAAGAUCUCAUACUACUUGCUGGGCAACCACUGGCCUUUUGGGGAGGGGCUGUGCCGCUUCACCACAGUGGCUUUCUAUGGGAAUAUGUACUGCUCCCUGCUGCUGCUGGCCUGCAUCAGCGUGGAUCGCCACCUGGCUGUGGCCUACCCCUUCUUUGCCCGCUCCUGCCGCAGCACAGCCUUUGCCGUCAGCACCUGCGCCGUGGUGUGGGCGAUGGCCGCCCUCUUCACGCUGCCCCUGGCCCUCCUCCGACAGUCCUUCCCGCUCCUCCACACCCAGCGGACCCUGUGCCAUGACGCGCUGCCCUACGAGAACGACGCCACGUACUACCACCACUACUUCCUCACCCUCCUCGCCUGCGGCUUCCUGGCCCCACUCCUGGUCCUGGCACUCUGCUCCGGGGGAACACUCUGGGUGCUGCUGGGCAAGGGGGAGAAGUAUGCCACAGCCAUCAAGCUGACAGCGCUGGUGCUGGUGUCGGUGGUGGCCUUGUACACCCCCAGCCACGUCCUCCUCCUCCUCCACUACUCUCACGCCUGCCUCGAAGUCCGGAGCACCCUCUACGUGGCUUACAUGGUCAGCCUGGCUGUCAGCACCUGCAACAGCUGUGUCGACCCUUUCAUCUACUAUUACGUCUCGGAAGAGUUCCGGGCAAAGGUGAAGGGGAGGCUCUUUGGGCGCCAACACCGCAAAGGCUCUGCCAUCUCCCUGAAGACCUGCAAGGAGACCCUGCCCACCAAGAACUCUCAGUCUCUGGUGUAAAGGGGUGGGUAGAAGAGGCAUUCCCUUCUCCCCUGCUGGGAGCCCAAAGAAGGGGUCCAGUGGAGCAGCCCAGUCCCUUGGAGAGGGUUUUUAAAGGUGGGCUGUGGGUGCGUGGCUGUUUCUAAUAAUGUGGGAGGCAAAGGGGGAAAUGGCCCCCCACCCUCGCCCCCCUCACCUCUGAAGGGGAUACAGCGGAUUAAAAUCAGAGGGACACACGGCUCUGCCCUGGUUUUUCUUCUCCUCAUGGCCAUCAGGCAGCGCCCGUGAAUCCAGCAAGGAGGAACCGCACGCUCUGGGGGCUAAAUGUGGCCCUCGGAUCCCCUCUUGGACCCGGCUUUGCACCAUCCUUGAGUGUUUUUGCCUGGAGGGAGGGUAGAGACGGGCGAGUGUGGGUAGGAACUAGCUGAAUGCACAAAGGUUAAGAUCACCAUUCAUUCCUCUGCCCCACCUAUAGCAGAAGGAGAGGCAGGAAAAGCCCCCCCCCCUCCAGUGAGCCAUUCUCGGCGUGGCCCUUUCCCUGUGGCUCAGCUGUGCCCAGGGCCAGUGUGGCUUUCAAAAGGUUGGCAAGAGAGAGACUCACUAUGGAUUUGCUGCAGCCCUCAUCUUGUUUCAGUGAGUUCCAUAGGUUCAUUUUGUAUUGUGCAAAGCAUAAUUGUUGGUUGGUUUCUCCCCACCCCAUCCCCCAAUCUUCCAUUCCUCCUGCUCCCAGAAAUCUGCUCUAGGGAAGCAAUGACAGAGACAGUUUUAGACAUCAAUUUUUAAUAAAAUAUUUUUAUCAAUAUCUAAAUCAAACUUCUUCGCCUGCCCCCCUCCCCAGACACUCAUACAAGGGAUUGUGCUGAACCACGAAAGUAAACGCCACCCCUGCGUGGCUUGGAUUUGUGACUAAGCUGAUGGGGGAGCAGGUUGUCCUACUGAGCAGCAGAAAACAAAAGGAAGGAACGAGGGCUACCUCCCCAUCUCAUCCACACAGCACAAAGUGCAGAAGCAACAAUGGAGGGAGGGAGGGAGCCAGAAUAAAUUGAGCCUGCCAGGAAGGCAAAUGGCUCAUGGAUGCCCGACGCGAGAGUGUGUGCGUGUCUAACUAAAUAGCUCACGCUGGGCGAAUGAAGCGGCCGCUUUUAAAAUAAAUAUCAGCACAAUGACGAUUCUGAGUAUUAUUCCCAAGGCAGAGUCCGGCCCAACAGCCUGGCGGUGGGU